AUGGAGACGCUGACGUGCCAACAAUGCAAUCAGCCGGUACAAAUUGACGAGUCGCUGAGCGACUUGACACCAUCAAACUACGAGCUCAUUGCAGGCUCCAUUCCGAAAGCCGAGACGCUGCGCGGUGGGAGUGGACGGACGAGUUUGCGGUUUGGAACGACGCCAAAGGAUUUGCUAGCCAAGACGCCUGGACAUCCGGAUGUGAAGAGCGCAUGGGAACGCUCACAACAACGCGCUGCGGGUUCUGGUUCGACGGCGGGGGACACUGGCUCGUUGAGGAAGACGGCGGCGGCGGGUGCAGCCGCUGCCAAGAAUCGACACCGUGCGUCUGUUGCUGGAGGAGAGUCGUUUGUGCUCUUGCAGGAGAGUAUCAUCAAGAACAUUCCGCCUGCUUCUCCAAAUGGCGGAUUCGUCACUUCGCCCAAGGGUAAAGGCAAAGCAACCAAAGAGAGCACCACGAAUCAACAGGAAAUAGAUAUCGAGGCUCCACCAUUUUCGGAGCGCUUGCGGUCGGCUGGAAAACUAUACGCGUUGCUGUCAUCAAAGACUGAAAUCGACCAUCCACUGUGCGACGAUUGCACACGUGCCCUCAAGGAGAUAUUUGACAAGCAGCUAAGCGACAUUUCAAGGGAAAAGGAUGGGUACAUUGCCUUUGAGAAGCAGAUCAAGGAGGAGAGGAAAAAGGAGGGCGAUAAUCCGGCUGCCUUGGCAGAAGAUCAGCGCAGAAUAGAGCAACUCAAAGUUGAAGAGGAAGAGGCACGUGAAGCACUGCUCAGGGCGGACCGAGAACGUGCAGCGCUAGAGGCUGAGCUGGAGCAACUAGAACGAGAGGAGAAGCUCCUGGAGGAGGAAGAGGCAGAGUUUUGGAGAUCUCACAAUGCUGUCAUGCUUGCACAGUCGGAGGAAAAGGCAAAAUUGGAUUCGCUCAAGGCUGCCUACAUUGCCGAUUCCGCCACCUUGGAUAGAUUGGAGAGCACAAACGUCUACAAUGAUGCCUUUUGCAUAGGCCAGGACGGACCGUCGUUUGGGACCAUCAACGGACUCCGCUUCGGGCGCACUGGUACAGUCGAUGGCCGUCCGGUGACGGUAGACUAUCCCGAAAUCAAUGCAGCUUGGGGACAAGUUGUGCUACUUUUACAAGUAAUCGCGAGAAAGCUGGAUUUUACCUUUCAGAGGUGGCGUCUGAUCCCUAUGGGAUCCUUUUCCAAGAUUGAAGGACUCGCGAAGAAUGACAUUUACGAGCUUUACGACGCUGGUGGAGAGCUGACGAAUGUACUUCAACGUCGACGGUUCAGCACCGGAAUGGCCGCCUUUCUCGAUUGUCUAAAGCAACUCAUGGACCACGUCACGGCCGAGGAUUCGUCCGUACGGUUCCCCGAGACUUGCACGAUCUCUCAUGACAAGAUUGGCGAAAUUUCGAUCAAACUGCCAUUUGGUUCCGCAGACGAGACGUGGACUCGAGCAUUGAAGAGCAUUUUACGAGCAUUGAAGACCUUGUUAUUGUACGCGACGAGAUGA